AAUCCGAUAUAGAGAGAGUUUAACGUUCUGUAACUCGUGUCUGAGAUAUUUAACGUACAUUCCAGUCGUAUUUUAUUUUAAAAAAGCAUAAAUUCAGUCGAAAUUCGGAUAAAAAUGGAGACGGUUUUAUAUCUGAUACUGUGAGUUUUGUUUAGUGAUGAGAUGAUUGGCAGGUUCUGGUAGCCAAUCAUCACGCAGGGAGCCGCGGAAGGUUCAGCGCGUAUCAGCCAAUGGUCUCGCGUCUUUUUUGCACGUGCCACUUUUCGCGGCAAAGUAGGAUUUGGCGCGUGAACAUCGGCUCCUGUGUUUCCGAUCAGCUGGAACAACAACACAAAGAUCUGCGCGCGAGACCGGAAACGUGACCAUGAAGAACAUCUGAGCUUUGUGCAGCUUUAUAUACAUUUACACCUGCGAGCUUUGGUGACGUGUGUGAUGGCGGACACAGUGGUCACUGCUCACAGCUCAGAGGAUCUUCUGGCUGACUUUGAGACUCUCCUGAACAACGGCAGCAUCGACCUGAGUGCAGAUCAUCAGAUUGUCAUCAUUUCUCCUGCAUGCAGCAAUGUGGAGCUCCUGCAGCACCGGAGUGUUGGAGCAGAUCUGCUGCUGUUCUCCACCCCACACAGCACCGCAUCAUCAGGGGCAGAGACGCACAGAGACGCCGCGCCGGGUCGCCCACCGGUGAAAAGGAAACUAGAUUUGGACAAUGAUCACCAGUACAUCAGCACUACCAGACCACCUCCACCAUGUCCUGCCCCUCCUGCUACACCCGGACGUCCUAGAGUUUCUCGCUUGAGCUCUGAGAAAUCACGCUAUGACACGUCCCUCAACCUCACCACCAAGCGUUUCCUGGACCUGCUGGCUCAGUCUCCGGACGGUGUGGUGGACCUGAACUGGGCUUCGCAGGUUCUGGAUGUACAGAAGAGGCGCAUUUAUGACAUCACCAACGUCCUGGAGGGCAUUCAUCUCAUCUCCAAGAAAUCCAAGAACAACAUUCAGUGGCUGGGUAACCGUAUCGAUGGUGCCUCAGUUGCUCGUUUUCAGGAGUUACAGAGAGAAGUGUCUAAACUGACCAACACUGAAGACAAAUUGGAUGAACUGAUUAACAAAUGCAGCCUGCAGCUUCGCCUCCUCACUGAGGACUCCGAGAAUAAGAUGCUGGGUUAUGUGAGGUGUCAGGACCUGCGCAGCACCGUGGACCCUCCUGAUCAGAUCGUCAUCGUGAUCCGAGCCCCACCAGAGACACAGAUGACCGUCACCGAGCCCAGUGAGGGGUACCAGAUCUCCCUGAAGAGCACCAAGGAUCCCAUCGACGUCUUCCUGUGUCCUGAGGACAGCUCUGGAGUGUGUAGUCCUGUCACAGACUGCAGUCCUGCGAAAUCGUCCGCCGGCAGCCCUCCUCGCCCUUCCUCUUCGGCACAGGAAGCGAGGUCAUCGUCACCGACGAUGCUCCCGAGCGCUUCCCCGCUUCCUUUAGCGAACGAAACAGACUCAGUGCUGGACCCGUUCUCAGGUAUCAGUGAGAUAGAUGACUUUGACCCUUUGACGCUGGGGUCAUCAGACUUCCUGUUGGAUCGGGCCGGUCCCGGUUCCGGCUCGGAUCCCUUCGGUCUGCCAAUCGACAGCUUCAUCAGCUUGUCUCCGCCCCAGACGCAGGACUAUCACUUCGGCCUGGAGGACCACGAGGGCAUCAGCGAAUUGUUUGACUGCGACUUCACGGACCUCGGACCUCUGUUCUGAGAGUCUGUUCAUAUCGUCCUUUAUCGCUCAGCACCACUCCUGGGGCAAUUGACUUAAAAAAUACCAGCACUCAGUUUUAAAGGCACUUUUUUAAAAUUUUGAUUUGGCAAAAAAAAAAAAAAAAUCUGCUUGUCUGGAGGAAAAGGAACUGACUCUCGUUUGCAUCAUGCUACAAAAAAAAGGCUUUUGGUUUUAAAAACUUUCGUCCAUCACCCGCUCUUCACACCAGCCGUCUCUGAGCUCCGCUUUCUCGUUCGGUUUAAUUUAUUUAUAUAAAACUAUAACAAUCUUUUUCUUUACUGUUUAAAUUUUGCAUCAGACGUCCAGAGGGUUGUGUGUUACGUGCGUAGAGGUGUGUGUAGUGCGUGUUAGUGUGUGUGUAGAGAUUUGAAACAGAGAUUUCUUUACUGAAUCGUAAGGUUUUGCUCAGGUGAACCGAGGACUCCUGCGUCAUGACACGUGUUUUAGAACACGCCCUUGUCCGUGUGUCGUCACGUGUAUCAGACGCGUGCAGCAUUUUUUUCUGUUGUUCAAGUCGGUUAGUUUGUUGUUAAAUAGCUAUCAGCAUAGAACCGUACGGUAAAAAAUCGACUCGGUUGCACUGUUAAAAUGGCGCUACGGUGAAAUGAUGAUUUGUAAAGUGGACAAGGGCAUUUUUUAUAAAAAGUAUUGGCAUCAGGCUUAGAUGUUCGAUUGUGUGUGUUGUUCGAGUUCAUACAGGAAUUUUUUUUUAGAGUACGUUAACAGAACGUCCGUAUGACGUGGCGGUGGUUUUUCACCGGUCGAGUGAUUUCCGAUAAAUCUUUUCAUUCGUUCAUAACGCAGCUUAACGCGCACUGAUGUCAACAUUCACAGUGAUCGCAAAGGCUUUCAUCAGACUUUACAGUAUAGCUGCAGUGCAUUUAUAAGCUUCUGCUUUAUCUAUAAUGAAUAUCAUACAAUCAUAACAUCGUGUCUUAUAACGAUACGAUCAUCAGCACGAGGACGUAACGAGGCGGCGCUGCAUGCGAAUGGAGCGAUAUGACGAAAAAUAUCAUAUCGUUACUGAAGGUAUUUUAUAUGACACUUCAAAAUAAUUUUUUCAAAUAAUCACAUUUCUAUGAAAUCCUGAAAAGGAGGAAAAAAAGCUUUGUGGAUAGUUUUAUAAUUUAAAAGGUUUAUAAUUUCACCUUUUACAGCAGCUGUAUCAAGUCAAAAAACUUUUAUACAAACCUGUCACAAUAUCUGAGAAAAAUGUAUUGUGAUUUAAUGUAUCAUGAUAUUGAUAUUAUUGUCAUAUUGUCCAGUCCUACUGCUAGAACGUUCCUCAAGUCAUCUUGCCCCAAGGUGUGUGUGUGUGGGGUUGUGUGUGUGUGUGUGUGGUUGUGUGUGUACUUUUUUUGUCCAAUUUCAUAUGUCUUGCGUCCAAAUCUUAUUUUAACCCGUCUGAUUCUCCUUAUUUCCCAUUUAUCAUUACAUGAAUUUUAUUUCUUCAGUUGCUCCUAAAACAAAGGUAAGAAAAGCCUCAUUGUUCUGAUUCUCGUAAAAAUUCUCCAAAGACAAUAAUUUUGCAUUUACAGUUCACAGUGAUAAAUAUUCAGACUUUUACUUUAUUAGUGUCAAGUUUAAGGACAUUCAAACUUCUGACCUUCACCAGAGUUCCCUUAAAGUUUAGAGAAAUUACAUCAUUAGCACGUAGCUACAUCAUUAGCACUUAGUCACAUCAUUAGCGCGUAGCUACAUCAUUAGCAUUCGUUAGUCUCUCGAAAACAGGCAUUUGGUCUGUACUUUAGAAGUUUGUUUGUACAGUGAUAGAUAAAUUUAUUUUAAUAAUUAUUAAUUAUUAAUAUUUCUCUAUAUUUAUUUUUUGGUGUAUUGAACUGGUCUUCAUAAUAUUGCCACGUUUUUCCCUAGCUUGCCAACUAGCUAGUUAUUUCCCAGAAAUGUAAAUAUUUAAUUAUUUCAUUGUUUGUGUUUUUUUGUUUGUUUGUUUGGUUUGUUUUUUUAAACCUUUUUCCAAAUAUUUUAUAUUUAUAUAAAUUUAAGCUAAAAUUAUUUAGCAGCCCUUAGCUACAUCAGUAAUUACACCUAGAUUAACGUUUUCAUAUCUCAGUUGACUAAAAGAUCAGAGAUGGAUUUUUGGUUUUUUUUUGUUUUGUUUUUUAAAAAAAACUGAUUUUUUAAAAAAAAAAUUUCCAAAUGUACUGUUUUCUAAGCUUCUAUUUUCACUUUCUGUAAAAUGUGUAUUUUCCUGUAAUAUGUUUAACCUUGGCUCUGAGUCUCGAUACUCGUUCUCUCGUCGACUUUCCCUCACUCCGUUUUGCUAACUAGUAAAAAUGCAUCAAAUUUCAAUAAUUGUUCGCUGAUUAGCAUCUUCAGAGAUAAAUUCUCUUCAUAAAAACAGUGAGGGGGAAAUGUUCGGGGUCGAUGAGGGCGUGUUACGACGGUGGUAUUGAAACACAGCCCUGGUUGGUGGAGCUUCUUGUAGUCUGUAGCGGAUUCAUUUAAUAAGCUAUUUCCUUCAUACGUGAGUAUGAGUUAACUGCCUGUGUGUGUGUGUGUGUGUGUGUGUGUGUGUGUGUGUGUGUGUGUGUGUGUGUGUGUGUGUGUGUGUGUGUGUGUGUGUGUGUUUGAAAAUGUGGAUGGGUUUUCUAAAAGGCAGCUUGUUUUACUUUAUGAGUGUGCACUUACAGUAAGUGUGGGGGGGGCAUGAAUGAAUGUGAAAAACAUCUUGGGUUGUUUGUGUAUAAUUUUUUUGUUUUGUUUGUCAUUUCAGAGGUGUGCUGUGUGUUUAAGAAGUUUUCCCAUUUGGUUUGGGGUGUGUGUGUGUGUGUGUGCGCGCGUGUGUGUGAUCAUGGUGUUAUGAUACUCAGUCAACUGACAUUUAUCCUGAAUGCAAGAAAACAGUUGUAUUUUAAAGAUAAUUGUUGAUGCAUUAAAAUUUUGUGGUUUGGAUAAAAUCUACAUCCAUCUGCAUCUUAAUCUCAUGGAUUUUUAAUGAUGGCAAAUGAAAACAAAUCAAAA